AUGAAAAGUAUUCAAACAGAACUAAAGCAAAUUAACAAAAAGCUAGAAAAUGUUAUGACUAAAAAUGACGAAACUCUCAAAACGCUGAUCAAAGAAACAAUACAAACUAUGAAAGAAGAACUACUAGCCUCAACAGAGAAGAAAGUGGAAAUACUUGAAGGUAAACUGUUUGAGAAAGAAAAGGAAAUUGACAAAAUGAAGACAGAAUAUGAUAAAAUGAAGGAAGAUAUAAGCAGGUUGAGCAAGGACAUGUCUGAUCAAAAUGCAAAUAUAGAUAGAUAUAAAUAUGAAAUGAGAGAUAAUGCUUUGAAAACUGAUGAAUACCUUAAUGACUGUGAACAAUAUAGUAGAGUAAACAAUAUUCGAAUUUUUGGUAUUCCAGAAGAAACUUUUCCUAAAAUACAAGUUAGAAAUGAGAAAAAGAAACUUGAUGAAAACAUUGACACUAAACCAGCAGAAAAAGACACGAGUGAAAACAGCGAGAGUGCAGAGAAGAAAAGUGUGGAAUCAAACCACGAUACAUACGCCAUGAAAGUAAGUAACACCGAGGAGGAAAACGAAAAACAAGUAUCAGAAAAUGAUGAACAGACGACAGAGAUAGUAAGGAAGAAACUGAAUGAAUAUGUACCGGGUUUAAACCUCAAACGUGAAGAUUUUGUCAUCAGUCAUAGAAUUGGGGCAAAAGGUGAUAAACCAAGGCCGAUUAUUGCUCAGUUGAAAUCUAGACUAGAUAAAAACAAAGUAAUGAGAAACAGAAAGUUAUUUCCAAAAUCAAUAUCCAUAAUGGAUGACUUAACAGCUGAGAAUUAUAAAACUCUUCAAUCGGUGAAAUACAAAAAACCAGAUCUGGUUCAAGCAGCAUGGUUCCGUAAUGGGAAAAUUUUCUAUAAAGAUCAAACAGACCACGUUAUUCAGCUCCAUUAUAAGAACUUUAGGUUCUGGCAAAACCUAGCAUGGCCAGAAGCACCACGUAAAAGGGGAACUUCUAACAGGUUGGCAUAA